AUGGUUAAUCAUGUAGAUCAAGACGUUAGGACGUAUGCCGAAGAGUCAUUGGACGCCAGCCUCCUACUUGGUUUCUACCAUUCACGUGUGCUUGUCUUACUUAUCACCGAAAUCGGUAGAAAUGUAGCAGCUCGUUCUAUUAUUUGUGCAUUUCGUCGUCUUGCUCAACUCAUUCACUUCAGCAAAUGUAACCGCGUGGUAAGCUAUGGCGUUCAUAUCCUUUCUGCUUUGACGGCCAUGCUGAGAAGGCCUGAAGAAUCUAUCCAGAAUGCUUUAGUAACCUAUUCUGGAUUGCUUUUUGACACAUUAGGGCCACGAAUGCGAAGUCAACACUCUGAAAAGGCUUAUGUAAGAUCUCUUUGA